AUGCCGCCGGUGCUCCGGUCCCGGGAAAGCGAGGGGCGGUGGGAGACUGGGGACCCGACCCCGAGUCGUCCCUGGAGCCAAAGCGCGGGGCCACGGCGACUCCAGACGGCUCGUCUCCUGAAACUGCGGGUGCCCAAGGCCCCACGGCGAACCCUGGAGUUUCACUGCUCCCGGGCCAACCGCCUGCCUCUAGAGACGCACCCACCCUCGCCUGCGUCCUCCCCCCAAGUCACCGCAAACCCGAGGCGAGACCCGCGUCCCAAGCCAUGGCCCCACCUGGGACUUCGGAUCAGAUUCUUUCCGCCUGACUUUGCCCCGCGAUUUACAGACAUUCCAAGCCUCACACUCCCCCAGCUGUGGAGGAUACCGGAGCAGCGAACGAGGGCUGCUGAGACUGCCUUUGCCCGACACUGCCAAGUGGGGGGCUGCUUUCAAGGAUUUUUAAAUGGGAAUAUAAUCACUCCAGAGCCUGGAGUAGAUCAGCGGAUUCCAAACACCCAUCUGGCAACCAGUGCCCAUCACGAUGUUCUCAUAGGUCUCCAGGGAAAUGCAAAGAGAAGGAAGUCCGGGGGUCGCAUCGGGAAUGCUUAUUGGUGCCGAGUGACUCAUCCAUCCAAGUACAAACUCUCUGAAAUAUUAAUAGGUGGAGAGAAGAGAGAUGCCAAAGGGAGUCUCAACAUAUGCACUAGUGGAAGUGCCACCUCAUGUGAAGAAUGUCUACUAAUCCACCCAAAAUGUGCCUGGUGCUCCAAAGAGGACUUCGGCAGCCCCCGGGCAGUCACCUCUCGGUGUGACUUGAGAGCAAACCUCGUCAGAAAUGGCUGUGGAGAUGAGAUCGAGAGCCCAGCCAGCAGCACCCACAUUCUGCGGAGCCUGCCUCUCAGCAGCAAGGGCUCCAGCUUAGCGGACUCGGAUGUCAUUCAGAUGACGCCACAGGAGAUUGCUGUGAACCUCCGGCCCGGUGACAAGACUACGUUCCAGCUACAGGUUCGCCAGGUGGAGGACUAUCCCGUGGACUUGUACUACCUGAUGGACCUCUCUCUGUCCAUGAAAGAUGACUUAGACAACAUCCGGAACCUGGGCACCAAGCUGGCCGAGGAGAUGAGGAAGCUCACUAGCAACUUCCGGUUGGGGUUCGGGUCUUUUGUUGACAAGGAUAUCUCUCCUUUCUCUUACACGGCACCGAGAUACCAGACCAAUCCAUGCAUUGGUUACAAGUUAUUUCCAAACUGCGUCCCCUCCUUUGGGUUCCGCCAUCUGCUGCCUCUCACAGACAGAGUCGACAGCUUCAAUGAGGAAGUUCGGAAACAGAGGGUGUCCAGGAACCGUGAUGCCCCCGAGGGGGGCUUUGAUGCAGUGCUCCAGGCGGCAGUCUGCAAGGAAAAGAUCGGCUGGCGCAAGGACGCACUGCACCUGCUGGUGUUCACAACGGAUGAUGUGCCCCACAUCGCACUGGAUGGAAAAUUGGGAGGCCUGGUGCAGCCGCACGAUGGCCAGUGCCACCUGAAUGAGGCCAAUGAAUACACUGCAUCCAACCAGAUGGACUAUCCAUCGCUUGCCUUGCUUGGAGAGAAAUUGGCAGAGAACAACAUCAACCUCAUCUUUGCAGUGACAAAAAACCAUUAUAUGCUCUACAAGAAUUUUACAGCCCUGAUACCUGGAACAACGGUGGAGAUUUUACAUGGAGACUCCAAAAAUAUCAUCCAACUGAUCAUCAAUGCUUACAGUAGUAUCCGGUCUAAAGUGGAGCUGUCAGUCUGGGAUCAGCCUGAGGAUCUUAAUCUCUUCUUCACUGCUACCUGCCAAGAUGGUAUAUCCUAUCCUGGCCAGAGGAAGUGUGAGGGCCUGAAGAUUGGGGACACGGCAUCAUUUGAGGUGUCGGUGGAGGCCAGGAGCUGCCCCAGCAGACACACGGAGCACAUGUUCGCCCUGCGGCCUGUGGGAUUCCGGGACAGCCUGGAGGUGGGUGUCACCUACAACUGUACAUGCAGCUGCAGCGCAGGGCUGGAGACCGACAGCGCCAGGUGCAGCGGGAACGGGACUUAUAUCUGCGGCUUGUGCGAGUGCAACCCCAGUUACCUGGGCACCAAGUGCGAGUGCCAGGAGGGGGAGAACCAGAGUGUGUACCAGAACCUGUGCAGGGAGGCAGACGGCAAGCCCCUGUGCAGCGGGCGUGGGGAGUGCAGCUGCAACCAAUGUUCCUGCUUCGAGAGCGAGUUCGGAAAGAUCUACGGGCCUUUCUGUGAGUGUGACAACUUCUCCUGCGCCAGGAACAAGGGAGUUCUCUGCUCAGGCCAUGGUGAGUGUCACUGCGGGGAGUGCAAGUGCCACGCAGGUUACAUCGGGGACAACUGUAACUGCUCGACAGACAUCAACACGUGCCGCGCCAGAGAUGGCCAGAUCUGCAGCGACCGCGGGCUCUGCCUUUGUGGGCAGUGCCAGUGCACCGAACCUGGGGCCUUUGGGGAGACUUGUGAGAAGUGCCCCACCUGCCCGGAUGCGUGCAGCACCAAGAGAGAUUGUGUUGAGUGCUUGCUGCUUCACUCAGGAAAACCUGACAAUCAGACCUGCCAAACCCUGUGCAAGGACGAGGUGAUCACGUGGGUGGACACCAUCGUGAAAGAUGACCAGGAGGCUGUGCUGUGUUUCUACAAAACUGCCAAGGACUGCGUCAUGAUGUUCACCUACGCUGAGCUCUCCAAUGGGAAAUCGAAUCUGACGGUGCUCAGGGAGCCAGAGUGUGGGACCGCUCCCAACGCCAUGACCAUCCUCUUGGCUGUGGUCGGCAGCAUCCUUCUGAUCGGGAUUGCCCUCCUGGCCAUCUGGAAGCUGCUCGUCACCAUCCACGACCGGAGGGAGUUUGCAAAGUUCCAGAGCGAGCGAUCCAGGGCCCGCUAUGAAAUGGCUUCAAACCCUCUGUACAGGAAACCCAUCUCCACACACACUGUGGAUUUCACCUUCAACAAGUUCAACAAAUCCUACAAUGGCACAGUGGACUGAUGUCUCCUCCUCCUGGGGCUGAGAAGGGUACUCACGGAAAAGUCAGACUGAAAUGCCUUGAACAGCUACUCGACUUGAUCCUGCCUAGGCAAGCGCAGAGAAGACCCUCCGGCCAGCCUGGGCAAGGAGCCCGUUGCCUGCGUGGCAAGGUGUGGAGCCACACGAGGUGGCGUCCCCUCCAAGCCCGGGAAAAGCAAGGGGACCUGGACGCUCUCAGCUUCCCCGGCUCGAUGUCUCAGUGAACUGCUGAGAUGCUGGGCUUCCCCUGCUUUCCAGGAGGACUAGGCCUCUGCCCAGCCAGAUGAGAAGGCUACUGAGAAGGGCCAGUGUGUGUGAGACCAGCUUACAGUCCGACCUUUUUCACAUUGAUCAUUUUUAUAUGCAAUAAAAAGAUCGCGCAUUUACGGUGUAGCUCUGAUCACUGAGAGUUUCCUGCCUGGUGUCCGUGCCUCGCACAGAGGUGUUGGUGAAAGGGUUGUUGAGAUGCCUGUGACUGGUACCUAGCUUGCAAAUGUCAAUGUUCCUCUUCUGUCCGCGUUUGUUUAGUACUUGUGUCAUGAAAAAGAAAGAGAUUGUUGGGAUUGGAAGUAAAGAUUAAAACCAAAAGA